AUGGUACUUGACACAUCUUGGAAUCGAACAACGAUAGAAUUCGGGCAUCGAGGAGUCACACCAGUCCACGUGGCAGCACUUUUUAUGGGAACCAUCAACUGUCUUCUGAAUGGUCUCAUCUGGACAGCCUUCCGAAAAUCUCCACAGCUACUCACAAAACAUCAUCUCUACUUGUUUUAUGCAUUUGCGGUUACAAAUUUUUUCACAGGAUUCUUCACAAUACCAACCUACCUAAAUCUCUUCCUUCGGAACAAUCUGAACUGCCCUAGAUGGUCCAUUCUCAUUGGAUCAAGUUUCGAAAUCGGACUCGACAAGAUCCGCCAUAUCGUUACACUUUCAAUUGCCGGAGAGCGAAUUUACGCAUUGUUUUGGCCAUCUGAAUACUUUUUCCUAGAUCACAAAAUGGCAAGUUCUGCCCUGGGGAACAACAAUAAAUUGUUCUAUUUUCAGAUUUCGCUUAAAAUCUGUGCUAUUUCUGUCAUUUGGGGCGUGGCUGACAUGGUAUGGCUGAUAUUUGAAGACGACAUAUAUAUGAUCCGAAUCCACUGUGUCACCACAUCUUCAUCUGGCCCUACCUUCCAUCUUUACUUUCUACUAUCCACAAUUUUCUUCGGCGUCCUCCUAUCUCUAGCCUAUUUUCUAUUCAUCUGCAAGUUGUUCGUACUUCGAGAAACAAGAGUUAUCAAUGUCAAAAAGCGAACCCGUGAAAAUUUCCAGCAGGUCAACUCAUUGACAGUUGUUGUGAUUCUUCUAGUUGUAAUAUUCAAUGUUCUGCCAAGUCUUCUAUAUCUAUAUGACAUGAUAAUCGGAGAAGUUCACUUCAUGAAAUGGGGACCAAUUAUCACAAUCGGAUACCAUUGUUACGGAACUCUCUCGUUUUUCUUUUACAAUUGUCGACAUCGAGAGAUUCGUGCAGCGUUAAACAAAAUUGAGUUCAUUCGGGACUUCAUCAACUGCGACAAAACUCCGAAGAGCAACUCAAAAAGCAUAGAUGCAAGUGGAAAAUUCAGUGAUCUCGUGAAAGGAGUUCCCAAAAUGGUGACAUCCAAACUAGGAACAUCGAAGCCAUCCAUCGUCAUCGUCAUGGACAGUAAUGACAACGACAGCGAGAUAUUUCUCUGA